AUGGGACAGGUGUAUACCUUAUACAAGUCAAAGAAAAGAGAAAGAGCCGAUCGCAGAAGGUUGGUGUUUUUUUUUUAACAAACUGUUGACAUUUUUGUCAGAAAUUUCUCCGAAUUCGCUCACAUGGUUAUUCUGAGUCUUAUGCUUUUUCUGAUAUUUAAUGAGUAGGCCUGAAUCACUACUUUUCGCGUUUCAUGUUUUCUGCGAACCCAGACUGCUGCAUGCAGGUUUUCCACAAACCGAUUAGCAAAAAAACAAAUCGCAAAAGAAUAAAAUAUUUAUUUACUUUUUGAGACAGAAGAAGAACUUGUACCUUACAUGAUUUUUUUUGUACUGAUACCAUACCACCGGACGUAUACUUAUACCAACGGGAGCUUCCAUUGUCGCGGGAAUAAGUGAUCGAAAUUACGCCUAAAUUAUGAGCUCCCAAAGGCUGCCUGCUAAAAAUAAGUUGUCCGUGAAAAGGAUGUUAUAUCUAGGCUCCGCACUCCAAGUUAUCAGCUCCUGUGCUGGUACUUGUUUAGCCUUGAUCUGAUUGGUUACUAGUCAAUGCGACGUUGUGAUUGGUACUUGAAAUUCAGCUUAUGAGAAGGGAACUUCUCAGCAACUUCUCAGCUCGAUUGAGAUCAUGAACAAUGUAUUCUUUUCGGUGAAAUUUUCACUGUUGUUUAAUUCCUGUCACGCAGGCGUCAGAGAGAACAGUUAGAAAAAGCAGCGGAAUGCAUUGUCAGACUUCAUGAAGAACACCAGCGAUUGAGCGAGUAAGUAAAGAUGGUGUACUUCAGCACUGUACUUCUCAUCGUUAUUACUUGCAAAUCAGUGCUUAUUUAGUCUUUUAAUAGCUGUCUUGUCUUAUGAUAAAGUUAAUGCUUUUCUAUUAUUUUUUCAAUAGAAUGCUCCAAGAUAGUUAUGUGUAUUACCCAGACUUACGACCAGAACCUGAGAACUACAUCAAAUGCAGCGGAACCAAUGAAAUGAGGGAGGAGGUAGAAGCUUUAGAGAAAAAGCUUUUCCUUGAAGAAAUCGCACUCGAUGUUACAGACGAGAGAUGUCAUUUAUUGGACAGAAAUUUGAGGCAAGGAUCGAUUGCUAUCAAGAAAGUGUUGAACAUACCAAUUAGGAAACGUAAUAAACUCGAAACAUGAAAAAAGCCACUGACCUGAAAAAAUCGAUCCAGUUAAGAUUUUGCUUUUAGUUUGGGAAAAGAGAAAUACGCGCCCGUAUACAAGAUGAUGAGUUUAGCAAAUUUUCUUUUCAUUCAUCCUUUACUGGUGAAAGAGGCAAAGACGAUAAAGAAUUGAAUGAGAUCACGGUUCUGUUUAAGUUCCCCUACUUUAGAAGGAAACGUGGUGAGUCCAGAGCAUAUCAGCUGAGGUCAAAGCGGUUUUGCCGGGCCGGAAACCUCAUCAAGAGAGCCGGGAUAAAGGCUCUUUAUCUUCUCUUAGCCUCAUUUACUAAUUUGUUACAUAAUGAUACACCUUCAGAUUUGGUGCCUGACCUUCGGUGCUCUUAAAUUGGCUUCUCUCUGAGUUUUCUCUAGCUUGUGCCGCCGACACAUACAGACGUAUAAUCUAACCCCUUGUUAGUAAACAUCUGCGGAGCAGCGCUGGUGUACUUGUCCUGGGCCCCCAACGGACUCAACGAAUUACCGAAAAUGCGGUUUCAACCAGAUUGAUAAAUAUACAAUGUCUUUUUUUAACAACCAAUCUUGGCAAAAGUUACUUUUCGGGUGGAGAGAAGCGACGACCGGUAAUACGUCAGCGUUCGCCGGCUAAUUAUAGCGUGUACUUAAGUCCACGGACACCCCCCAUAGAUGGGGACCCAGAGCAAGGAUUUCGGCGCUGUUUCACAGACAGAAGUUUAGAAGUUUAUAACAACGUAACAACAAUCAACCAUUUCAUUUGCCAUCUUAAAAAACGUUUACAAAGACAGAAUAAACUAAAAUAUAUAUAGAUCAAGCCAAAAACAGCUGAGAAUAGCAAAAGUUCCGUCUGAGUACCAUCUGUGGCGCAGGCUAAGUUUUCUCCUACUGUUAUGUAAAAUGUUGAAGAUUUUAUCUGUUGUUUCUUUUACAGCCUUCUUCAACAGAACGAAGUUAAUCUCCAGUAUGAAUGCUUAAGCGGUCAAAACAACCUUGCUGCGUUGAAACUCAAACACGAGGCUUGUCAGUUUGGUCUGUAUCAGAAAGCAAAUCCGAUUGAGAAAUGGACAACAAGAUCACUUCCAAAUGUGUAUUUCACAUCAUUCUAA